AUUUAUACUUUCACAUGCCCAGUGCACUCCCAGCCCCAUCAAAAGGUGCUUCCUUGACCCACUGAGCUCCAGGUGAGAUGCUCGUCCUCAGACCAAGCCAAGGUGCCCAGAGAAGCUGUGGCUGCCCCAUCCCUGGAGGGGUUCAAGGGCAGGUUGGAGGGGGCUUGGAGCAACCUGCUCUGGUGGGAGGUGUCCCUGCCCAGGGUGUCCCUGCCCUUCCAACCCAAACCAUUCUCUGAUUCUUUGUCACUCUCCUUGGUGCCUGGAGCCUGAAGCCAGUCCUGGCCCCACCACGGCUGCUCAACCACUGCCAAGUCCCCCGUAAUUCUCUCUUCUGUUAUCUGAUCCAGCCACCGGCACACGCACACACCCUUUUUUCUGCUAUUUAGGUAAAACUCAGCUGACAAUCUCUUCAUUGUAGAGCAGCACCAGCGGUAGAGACAGAAGCCUGGCCUUGGAUGUCCAACCCUUUUUCUUUGCGAGGGAGAGAAAGGCAGUAAGAGACGCAGGCAAAAGGCUACUUGAAGCCACCAAGGAAGGAUGUGGGCUUAUACUGUUGGUUUUACUGUCCUGCCUCAUGUUGGAGGCUUCCUUGGAUGGUUCAUUAAUCGAAAAGAAAUUCCUGUUUGGUACGAGAAGCUGAAAAAGCCUUCCUGGUGUCCUUCCCGCAAAAUAUUCCCUGUCGCUUGGACUGUCCUGUACACUGGCAUGGGCUACGCCUCCUACCUGGUGUGGAACGACCUGGGUGGCUGCAGCAGCAAAGCCCUCAUCCCCCUUGGCCUCUACGGGGCUCAGCUGGCCUUGAACUGGGCUUGGCCUCCCUUCUUCUUUGGAGCCCGCAACUUGAAGAUGGCGCUGAUUGACAUCCUGUGCUUGGACGGCCUGGCCAUAGGCACGAUGUGCUCCUGGUACCCCAUUAACAAGGUGGCCGCGCUGCUGAUGGUGCCCUACCUGGGCUGGUUGGCCAUGGCGACUUGUCUCACCAUCCGCAUCUGGAAGGACAACCCUGAAGAAAAAACAGGAAAGAGUGAAUAAGCGCAGGACGGAAAGGAAGGCAUUUUGUGAAACUAAACUAUGCUGAUGUGAAUCAAGAUCUCAUAAUUUGGGGGAUUCAUUUUUGGGAAAGGCAUGAGAACAUGCCACAUCCGCCUCCUCCUCCCACCUUCAUCAUGGUUGUGUAAAAGAAAGGUUUGCCCCAUGCUCCUUUAAAGAAACCGAGCAUCCUUAACCUGGGAACUAUUUUCUCCAGCUCUGUUGAGGUUUGGGGGCUACAGCUGUACGGUGAUCUUAACGCUAUCAGGUCAGAUUCCAAAAGCCAAAUUAGGAUCUCAGGAUACCAGGGUAAUUCAGAGUGGCAACGCUGGGUACCUCUAGACCUGCCACUGUUCCCCCCAGAGAGCAGAACUUGUUCACACACGUGGUAAAUCCCAUCUCCUCCUCUGGGACCAAACAAAAAUGCCCUUCACUUGUGCACACUGAUUUUUAAGAAUGUACUUGAUUUUUUGCUAUUUGUGCCGUUGCUUCAUUUUCAUGUUUCACCUGGUUUGUGCUUUAUACCAUUAACUUUUUAUCUGUCAGCUCCUGAGCAAGCAGUAAUCUGUCUUGUUCUGCUAGUGAAAGGAGACCGGGCACUUUGACUUCUAUUUGUGGAGCAUCACACUUCUUGAGUUUCAUGCUCCAAGAUAAAGCAGCAAUGAUUAGAAUGCAAAUGCUUCUCCCAGGAGGAAAUUUCUCUCCUCCACCUCUGUCUCCUGCUCCUCAUUGGAAAAGAAAGCUAACAUCAGUGCCUUUGGAAAAAAAUACUUUAAAUAUGGUGGGUUUUUUUAAGUACAGAAGCACAAGAGCCUUCGUAAAAUUUAAGAAUUGCUCACGCUGCCUUGAAGGUUGUAAUUCCAUGAUUGGCAAAAAGCCCCAUGUCGGGUGCAGUGUCUCAGCCCUGAGUCUUUCCAUUCCUGACUACCAUUAAUCAGGAAAUGUUAAAAUACAGGUAGUUCUAGAGAAACGGGACCAAGCCAUGACAGAAUCAGACACCAAACAAACAUGGACCAUUCACCUUGUCCAUCUUUCAUUCUGGGCAUUGUCUUUGAUAAAUCUGAACCUUAGAAGUUGGUGUCUACAGGAAAUACUUACUAUUAUUUUUUUAAUUGCUAGAAGCAGUGUAUGUGGAGAAAAGUGGUAGGUGGAUCUUCUUCCUGGCAGCUGGCUGUAGAUGAAGGUGCCUGGGUAGACUUGCAAAGGGUGGGGGUAGGAGGGCUUAGCUGGGCAUGUAAAAUAAAUUGUGUUUGCUUUUAAUAAAAACAAGUCACUUUUGUUUGGAGAAUUAAUAAACCCAAGUUAUUCUUGU